UUAUAAAUAUAAACUAUCACAUAAAUACUAUUUAUUUAUUUUGUUAGCUCUUAACUAGUGGUUACUGUAAACUAUUUCAUUAUCAUAAAAAAGUAAUAUAAAAAGCAAAAGAAGCGAAAAAAGGAGAAGAAUCAAAAGUUAAAUUUUAAAUUGAAAAAGGCAAUGAGAGCAGGAGCAAUAGCUUAUCCAGGAAAAAUUAAUGACAUUUAUAUGAGAGAAAAACAGUAUGAAAUGCACAUUAACAAGUUAAAUGCCAUUCGUAACGAAAAGUCUCAUAUUGUAGUUAAAUCACCUUAAAAAUAAGUUGUUAUUGAUAACGUUAAAGAAAUAAAAAACAGGAGACUCAAGUAUAACGAGUAGAUGAAAAUAAGCAGCAUUCAAAAAGACAAUAACAGACUAUUAACAAAAUUAAUCUAGAUUUCAUAAAGGAGUAAUACAGCUUAUGUUGUAAAGAGACAUGAUAUCGAUGAUCCUUUGUUACAUCAUAAAAAUUUUUAUGCAAGAAAGAGAGAAGCAUUACAUAUUCAAUCAGAAAACGAGAGAAUUGCUAACAGAAUUAUGUAGUAAGAUGCAACGGUUAAAAAGAAAAAGUUAGAUUAAGAAUUCAAUUAAUAAAGAAAACUAAUGAGUAGACUUUCAAAACAUGAAUGGUAAAAUAAAGCAGUACUUAAAGUCAGAUAAAAUAUUAUGAGCUAAAUGUACAAUAAUAAAGAAAUGUCAAUUAUGUUCCCUCCAGUAGAUAACCAUGAGAUGAGAAAUUCUAGCUUUAACCAUACAAGAAACAAUAUGUCCAUGACUCCAGACAUCCAUUCUUAAAGAAACUAAAGUUAAACUGCUAUUUAACCUCCUUUAAAUAACACCUAAAAAAAUGUUAGAACAAAGAAAAGCUACAGCUAUCACAAUGGUAGAGCUAUAAACAUAUCUGGAGUUCAUAAAACAGAAGAGACUUAAAAUCAUUCAAUAGAGAAUAGUUAAUAGUAAUUGACGAGCAGUACUUUCCAUAACCCUAAAAGUAGCUAGCAACCUUAUAAAAAAUAAAAUUCUUCUAACAACACAAAACUAAAUAAUUCAUACUAAUAAAAUCGUAACAGUAAAACACCUGAGAGAUUAUAAUCAAAUGAAAGUUUUGCUAAAGAUUAAGAUAACGACAAAUAAAAAUCAGCAAAAUUUGGUUCUCAUGAUAAAUCUCUCUCAAUGUAUCACAGUUCUUAAUUCUAGUAAAAAGAUUCUAAAGAUGUAGAAUAGCAAUAUUCACAAAAAUUUGAAUCACCAUCAAAAUCUAUCUAAGAACAAAAUUCAGUGCAAGUUUCUCCUCAAAAAGCUUCUUAAUGA